AAGUAAAGUGUCGAGAUUCCUGAAUCAGUCGUGCUGUCUUUAGUUACGUGGCUGUUUCCUCACGGUCCGACACGGUUGGAAUUAUGCUUGGGAUAAAAUCAGACCUUUAAACGAUUCCGGAUGAACCUCAGAGACUCUGAUUAUACACGAACAGCUCAAUACGAUCCAGACUUUUCGCACGUGGACUAUUUUAUUCGUCUUUAUAUAGUAUUGUCUAACGAAUACUGAAGUGAUUUUAGUUGGAUUGUAACUUUAUUAGAAGUUUCCCGCGUUGGAAUUCUGCUUGGAAUAAAUCCUGACCUUUCUGGAUGAGACUUGGAUUGUAUGUUUUUACUGGCAUACCGUAUGUUAUGGCAAUAUAGUCUGGGUUUAAGAGUCAGUGAUGUUGCUCACAUCGUGUGUCAGGUGAAUCAUUGUCUGCAAAGCUUCAGAAAGACACACACCCCACUAUUCAUUGCCACCACAGAAGAAUGACUUUGAUCCGCAGACUGCUACGCAGGCGUUUACACCCAUGGAAGGUUGCCAUUGUGGCACUAGUGUUUGUCACAUUUUUGUUCCUUAUGCAAAGAGAGGUGGUCAGUCAGAGCCCACAGGAGGAGCCCUGGCUAAAAGGAAUUGCACAGAAACGGGACACCAUGCUGGGCAUGGUAAUGGGGGCCGUGAAUAACUUUAGGGAUGUCAUGCCAAAGAUGCAGAUCCGAGCCCCUGUCAGGCAGCAGCAGAGCAGGAGCAGUCAGCCCUGUCUGCCUGGUUACUACACAGCCUCAGAGCUGAGGCCUAUGCUGGAACGGCCCCCACAAAAUCCCAAUGCCCCAGGUGCCUCGGGGAAACCCUUCCAUACGGAGAACCUUGGCCCAGCUGAGCAGAAGGAGAAGGAGAAAGGCGAGGAAAAACACUGCUUUAACCUGUAUGCUAGUGAUCGUAUCUCACUAAGCCGAGACCUUGGCCCUGAUACGAGGCCUCCAGAAUGCAUAGAGCAGACAUUUAGGCGCUGCCCACCCUUGCCGACCACGAGUGUGAUCAUCGUGUUCCACAACGAGGCGUGGAGCACGUUGCUGCGGACUGUCUACAGUGUGCUCCAUACCUCUCCUGCCCUUCUUCUUAAAGAGAUCAUCCUUGUUGAUGAUGCCAGCAUAGACGAACGGCUGAAGGAGGAGCUGGAUGAGUAUCUCAAGCAACUGCACAUUGUGCGUGUGGUGCGACAACUUGAAAGAAAAGGCCUCAUCACUGCUCGACUGCUAGGAGCCUCAGUAGCCACUGGAGACACUCUCACUUUCCUUGAUGCUCACUGUGAAUGUUUUCAUGGCUGGCUGGAGCCUUUGCUAGCCAGGAUAGCAGAGAACUACACUGCAGUGGUGAGUCCAGACAUUACAACUAUCGACCUGAACACGUUUGAGUUCAUGAAGCCUUCUCCGUACGGGCAGAACCACAAUCGGGGCAACUUUGACUGGGCCUUGUCCUUUGGCUGGGAGAGUUUGCCUGAUCAUGAAAAAAACCGGCGCAAAGAUGAGACCUACCCCAUCAAAACACCAGCAUUUGCUGGAGGACUGUUCUCUAUCUCUAGAGAUUAUUUCUAUCACAUUGGGAGCUAUGAUGAGGAGAUGGAGAUCUGGGGAGGAGAGAAUAUUGAAAUGUCCUUCAGGGUGUGGCAGUGUGGGGGUCAGCUGGAAAUCAUUCCCUGCUCUAUUGUGGGCCAUGUGUUCCGCACCAAAAGCCCUCACACUUUCCCCAAAGGCACUCAAGUAAUUGCUCGUAAUCAGGUGAGGCUGGCUGAGGUCUGGAUGGAUAACUACAAGGAGAUCUUCUACCGCAGGAACCAGCAGGCGGCGCAGAUGUCUAAAGAGAGAAUGUUUGGAGACGUCUCUAAGCGCUUGGAACUCCGUGAGAGGCUGCAGUGUAAGAGCUUCUCCUGGUAUUUAAAGAACGUCUACCCUGAGGUCUUCAUGCCUGAUCUCAACCCAUUGCAGUUUGGCUCGAUAAAGAAUGCAGGGAAGGACAUGUGUCUGGAUGUAGGAGAGAACAAUGAGGGAGGCAAGCCGCUCAUAAUGUACCCAUGCCAUGGCCUCGGAGGCAACCAGUAUUUUGAGUAUUCAACGCACCAUGAAAUACGACACAACAUUCAGAAGGAGCUUUGUCUGCAUGCAACUGAUGGGGCAGUGAAACUCCAGGAUUGUCAGUAUAAAGGCCACAACUCCUUCACUGGACCUGAACAGAAAUGGGAGCUGCAGGAGAAUCAGCUGUUUUAUAACCGCAGGCGGAAGCUGUGCUUGAGUGCUCGCUAUGAAAACCCCUCCAUGGUCCCCUGCAACUCAGCGGACAGAUUCCAGCUUUGGGCUUUCACCUGAGAGGACAAGCCAGUUAAAAUGCACACUAUUGUUACUGAACUUCUGAACAAAAGAAUUUUAAUUUAUUUUUAUAUGUGAAAUUACUGCUGCUGGAACAAUUUGAAUAUCAAUAAGUGGUAUGCCUAGAGUACAUGUAUAGAAAAUACAUGCACAAUAGAGUAAAGAAAAAAACAAGGCACCUUCAGGAAGUAUGUUGACGUUGUACAGUAAAGCACCAAGUGAAGACUUCUGAACUUUUAAUAUGUUUCUCUCUUUGAAAGGGCUUUUACCACUGUCUCACAGUAAAGAUUUGAACAAAAACAGAGGCUUUCUAUAUUUUUUGUGGUUUUAAUCUGAAGUUGGUAUAACCUGCACAAUUUAAUCCACCAAAGAGUAUUUGUAAGCUCAGAUUCACAAGUGCAGUUCUCAUUUGCACUAUAAAUCACCCCUAUUCCAAAUGUGUUGAUCCUGAAUGAUCUUGAUUAAUGAAAUACUGACCAUGAUCUAUUGAAUUGCCAUCCACUGACUCAUUCCUUUCCUUUGCUUCUGUUUUCAGACUUAGAAAACACAGAACUGACAGACAAGUAGCUUUAAGUCUAUUUAUUGAAUGAGUUUGUCAAUGGAUCAAAAUCCUCCACAAAAUUGUUCAAUGUAAUUUGAACAAAUCCAGUGUUUCUGCUUGUAACUUUCAAUUACAUGUACAUUGUUUGCACACUGUUUCCCAUUUUGGCCACAUGACUCAGCAGAGCAUGCAUCAUUCCAAUUUUUUCCCCUUUCACUCAAGAGGUUAGAGUUUGAUUUAGUGAAGGUUUUGGUUCACAAAUGACACCUUGUUCAAAUAAUAUUUUGUAAAGUAAUAUCGUUUACAAAGGGAUGGUCGUAAAAAUAGUACUGUAACCUAACAACACAAGAAAAUAUCAAUGAGCAAGGGCAAUGAAUGCUUUUAAAAUAAACAUUCCAAAAACAUUUUAA